GAUUCAGGAGGAAGCUGCUCUCUGCUGGACUGGGGGAAUCCCACAGUAAACUGGAGACUCUGAGGCUGUCAGGCUGUCUAGUCACAGAGGAAGGCUGUGCUUCUCUGGUCUCAGCUCUGAGGUCAAACCCCUCACACCUGAGAGAGCUGGACCUGAGUAACAAUGACCUGAAGGAUUCAGGAGUGAAGCUGCUCUCUGCUGGACUGGGGAAUCCCCACUGUAAACUGGAGACUCUGAGGCUGUCAGGCUGUCUAGUUACAGAGGAAGACUGUGCUUCUCUGGUCUCAGCUCUGGAGUCAAAGCCCUCACACCUGAGAGAGCUGGACCUGAGUAACAAUGACCUGAAGGAUUCAGGAGUGAAGCUGCUCUCUGCUGGACUGGGGAAUCCCCACUGUAAACUGGAGACUCUGAGGCUGUCAGGCUGUCUAGUCACAGAGGAAGGCUGUGCUUCUCUGGUCUCAGCUCUGAGGUCAAACCCCUCACACCUGAGAGAGCUGGACCUGAGCUACAAUCACCCAGGAGACUCAGGAGUCAGACUGCUCUCUGCUGGACUGGAGGAUCCACACUGCAGACUGGAGAAACUCAAUGUGGAACAUGGUGGAGAGAACACAAUGAAACCUGGACUUAGAAAAUAUGUCUGUGAUCUCACGCUGGACCCAAACACAGUAGACAGACACCUCUCUCUGUCUGAGGAGAACAGAAAGGUGACAUGUAGGACAGAGGAGCAUCCGUAUCCUGAUCACCCAGAGAGAUUUGAGGACUGGGAACAGGUGCUGUGUAGAGAGGGUCUGACUGGGCGCUGUUACUGGGAGGUAGAGUGGAGUGGGAGGGGGCUGUUAUAGGAGUGACAUAUAAAGGAAUCAGCAGGAGAGGAGAGGGUAAUGACUGUUGUCUUGGAUACAAUGACAAGUCCUGGAGUCUGUUCUGCUCUGACAACAGUUACUCUGCCUGUCACAAUACUAAUCCCAC